UCUGCAUCAUCAACGAGUUCCUCUACACUGCUUAUCUGGUGUAUCAGGGGAUGAGUCAAAAGACUGACGAGCGCAGUUCUGUAAGCGGCGGCCAAAUGAAGACAGAGGAGUAACCACCAGAUCCAGAUCGUCCGGGUAUUUCGAGGCAAACGGUCAGCCGACUGUUCCCAAAAGCUGCCCCAAACGAUCAAAGCCCAGUGUCGGUUUCCGGCUGCCAUCAACGUGACCGCAACUACGAGCAUGGCUACUCCUGUGCUUCCCCACAGAGCAGGCGAGAAUCUACUGAUCAUGCCUUCCAAUCCGUGACUCUUGCCCCGGCGAGGGACAAUCCACGUUGAUAUACCCUGCACCAAUCGGCUGGACAUUACGGAACCUAUCGAGCCUUUGCUAAGGAUCACAGUUGCCGAAAAAGUUUCGAGCACCGUGAAAAGCUCGAGGAGCAGAGCAUUGACUAGGAGCGUUAUCGGAAGUGCGGAUAGGUCUACAGAUGUACAUUCCAACUCAAUAGAACACGACUUCGUGCGGAUAUCGCCGAGUUAUAUAGAAUUCAAAGAUGCCUGCGAGGGGAUGACCUUUCGCCAACUGAUAGUCAUACAAAACACAGGCAAACAUUCCGCCCAUGUUCGCAUCUGUUCGCCGAAUUCAAUAGCAUUCCAAAUCAAGACGCUCCAAGGCGGUGUCUUUCUGAGCCCUGGAUUAAGAAUAUUGCGGUGGGUUCAUUAUUCAUACAAAAGGAACUCAGUCUUGCAUGCCAUGAUUCCCAUUUACAUCAAUUGGACUUACAUCGAUUACCACGUUAUCUGCACCUUGGCGAAAGAAAACUUGUCCAUCGAGCCAAUUUCCUUGGACUUUGGUAUCGUGGACAUCGGCUCCACAUCGGGCAUCAAGAUAUUGACUCUAAAAAAUGAGGGUGGAAAAAGUACGAGGUUUGCAGUUGAUUUGGGACCCAAUGAAAUGGAGCUCUCGGUUAGACCGUUGAAAGGUGUAGUGCGAACACGGUCAAAAAUGGCUCUUCGCGUCGAGCUAAUCGGUGUAGAGGAAGGAUCUUUUUGCGGAGAGUUCUGGAUCAAGUCGACACCAAAUAUACAGGUGCCGGUACGGGUGAAUAUAAUUAUUCCACGUUUGGUAGUUUACCAUCCAAACACAACCGGCGACUUUACUCUGAUAGACUUUUCACCAACAUUUACCAAUACCGUGCGACACGAUACGCUGAUCUUGAGGAACCAUUCGGCCCAAGUAUCGAAUUUCGUUGUCCUUGGAGAAAUAGAAAAUGAUUUGAUACCUAUUAACAAUAUCAAUUUGAAGAAACAUCCAGAGUUCGAAGUUUUCAAGAUACAUCCACUUGAGGGUAGAAUGGAUCCAUUUGAAGGGCGGAUUUUCAACAUCACAUUCUCGCCGACAAACAAGGUUCUGAAAAAUGUAGACGAAUUUCGAAAAGACGAGAGCAGAGACUUCAUGAUCUUUGUACGAAUAUUCAGAAUUCACUGUACCGAAGUAAAAGACAUUAUAAGUAUGCCUAUUCUAUAGUUAUAUCGUGUAAAAUUUGAAGAAAAAAACUUACAAAGUGUUUCCCGUGAAUUUCAUACAGGAGAAGAAAUUAGCUUGGACGACCGAGUGGAGGAACCUCUUGAGAAGGUGCAGUUACUGGAACCGAGGUCCGCGGAAUCUUUGGCAGUAUCGGAUAACGAACCUCUAGAGCCAUCCGGAUACGAAACCGUCCGCCUGUGUCUCUAUGG